UAACACCCUUUUUCAACUUUUCCCUUCUCAAAAUCCUUCCCUUUCCCUUUCCCUUUCCCUUUCAUAGCCCAACCUCUUCUUCCUCCUACACUUAAUUACCCUUCUCAUCCUUUCAUUAUUAUCAUUACUUUUUUAGCCUCAAUUCAUUGAUAACUGCGCUCUUCUUUUCUCUUUCAACUACAUUCUUUUUUUCUUUACUUAUUUCUUUAUCUAUUCUUCUAUUUUACAUUUCUUUGCUUUUUCUAUAAACAUCUUUAACAAAACAUCCUCUGUUCUACCUUCUGUUUCCCCUUACUAUUUCAUCCUUCUUCUUUCUCCAGUCAUCUUAUUCUCCUGUUUCAUUUCGUAAAAAUGUUAUCUUUCCUACAUUUUCUGUCCCCAUAUGGGUUAUUUUAGUUUUUUUCUGGGUAUAAAUCAGUCGAAAAACUAAAAAGAAAUCAUCUUUAUAUCAAAUCCCACUAAAACUUUUCUGGAUUUUCAGUAAAAUCAAUGAAAAACAACAUGAAAUAUACAAGAUUUGUAAUUUUCUGUCUCAUUAUCAUAUUCUUGAAUCUAUGUUUGUGCAAAGGAGAAACAAAAGAAGUUUCUGAUGAAGCAGUAAUGGAGAAAAAAGAGAAAGAAUCUUUAUAUUCUGCAAUUCAAGGAUUUGUGGGUAGUUGGUGGAAUGGCUCAAAUCUGUAUCCUGAUCCUUGUGGAUGGACUCCUAUCCAGGGGGUUUCAUGUGAUUUCAUGAAUGAAUUCUGGUAUGUGACUGACCUCAACAUCGGACCCCUUCAUGAAAACUCCCUUUCAUGUACACAAAACCCUGAAUUUAGGCCACAAUUAUUUGAUCUUAAACAUCUCAAAUCUCUAACUUUUUUCAAUUGUUUUACUUCUCCUCAUAAUUUGAUCACCUUACCUACCAACAAUUGGGAAAAACUAGCAUCAAGCUUAGAAUCCCUAGAAUUUCGAUCGAAUCCUAGCCUAAUUGGCCUAUUCCCAUCAAUUUUUGGCAAUCUCUACAAGCUUCAGUCCUUGGUGUUGUUCCAAAAUGGAAUCAGUGGAACAUUGCCCACAAAUAUUGGCAACUUGGUGCAUCUAAAGAGACUAGUCCUUUCAGAAAACAACUUCUCCGAUCGAGUUCCCGACACUCUUGGAAAUCUCAAGGAACUUUUGAUCCUUGAUUUAAGCAGAAAUUCAUUAUCUGGGUCUUUACCUAUCUCAAUUGGGUACCUAAAUUCUCUCUUAAAACUUGAUUUAAGCAAUAAUGGGAUAAUGGGUAAUAUCCCAUAUGAAAUGGGCAACUUAAAAAACCUAACUUUAUUGGAUUUUAGAGGCAACAAUUUAUCUGGGGGAUUGACAAAAUCUAUUGAAGAAAUGAAUUCAUUACAAGAACUGAUGUUAUCUGGGAAUUCAUUAGGGGGUGACAUUGCUAAUUUCGAUUGGAAAAAGUUGCAAAAUUUGAUGAUUUUAGACCUAUCUAAUCUAGGGUUAUCUGGUGUUUUCCCUAAAUCAAUGUUAAAUCUUAAGAAGCUAAGAUAUGUGGGUCUUAGUAAUAACAAUCUCACAGGGUAUUUACCCUUAGAAAUUGCAAAUAUGCCUUGUGUUAAUGCAAUUUAUGUGAAUGGGAACAAUCUAAAAGGGGAGUUGAAGUUUUCUAAUGAUUUUUAUGUAAGAUUAGGGAGGAGAUUCGCAGCUUGGAAUAACCCGAGUUUAUGUUACACGAGUGAGUUAAUGUCAAACGGGGAUUCCCCUAUCGGCGUGGAGCCUUGCAAACCCGAGGAGAUGUUGGUAAAAACGGGUCUAAAAACUGAGUUGAGUAAUCAAAAUGGAAAUAUGUUACAAGAGUUUAAUAGGCUAAAUGAGGAUGUUAUAUCCUCUUGUGGAUUGUGUAGGUGUGGAAUUGAUGGAGUUUGGUGGGUAAUUGUGGUUGAGUCAUUUAUGAUGGUUGUAUUAUGGAAUGUUUUGUUGUAAUGUGGGAGGAGUAGAAAUGCAGAAAUUAAUGGGAAAAAAGAUGGUUCUAACACCAAAAAGUAACAAGAAAAAAGAGGAAAGUGUAAAAGUAGCUUUGAUCUCUUAUCUCUAUCAUGUCUUUAAUGAUAUGAAAAAGGAGUAUUUAUAGUUAUGAUAUAGUGUCAAACAAGAUGUACAUACUGUUUAUGAGUAGAUAGAUAGAUGAUCUAAGGCUGCAUCUUGUUUUAUUUUAUUUGUCUUUUUAAAUUUUUCAGUAUUUAUGGUCUGUUUGAUUAUUGCUACUAGUAUUGUAUUAGUAUUAUACAGUAAAAACAGUUCGCUCAAGUAAUAUGAGACUUCCGCCAUGACCAAUUGAAUUUUGUUUCUUUGUA